UACAUGUAAGGUCCGAUGUUUUCUCAAUAACACUACCACAUUUGUUAUACUUGAUUCAAGUUGGAUAUUAAGAAUUAUAGUCUGCUGUGCUUUACUUGUUCAGACUUUUACACUGGCAAUAGACCAUUGGAAUUCAUUUCUUUCUUGAAGAUAAAGUGAUACAAAUGAUGCUGUUCCCUGGACCUUAUUACGUGAUUAAGGGGCUAUACUUCGUAUUCUCACAGUACUGUGUUGUCUCUGUGUUCAUCACACUCCAUAUCCUCCUGCUGCCGUUAAGGUUCACUGCCCCUGCACUGUACUGGAAAAUUGACGCCGUUCUGUUCAAAGCUUCCCUGGGACUCGUGUCGUCAUGGUUUUACACAGAGGGAGUUACUUUGAAAGAGUCCGGGGACUCUUUGAAAGACAUCUAUAAUGAUGAGGUCCUUCUUCUAUGUAAUCAUCAAUCUACCGCAGACAUUGGAGUUAUGAUGCAGUCAAUGUAUUCAAAGGGUCCCACGGCCGGUCACUUGAUCUGGAUAAUGGAUCACGUGUUCAGACUCACGCACUUCGGUUGGAUGUCAUGUUUUCAUGGUGAUUUCUUUCUGGAAAAACCCAGGACUGAAGCAAAACGAAACGAACAGAUGCGGAAUAUGAAAGAGCAUAUCAGAAGCGCCUACUCGGAUGGCAUGAAGAAAUGGGUUGUGCUCUUUCCGGAGGGUGGAUUUUUGUGUAACAUGCGUCCAUCAAGCCAGAGGUACGCAAAUCAACAAGGUUUACCCAUACUUAAUAAUGUCUGCCUGCCUCGAUUGGUCGCAACACAAACAAUUAUUGACGAGUUGACCCCAAAAGAAGGUUCCUCCGACUUAAAGAAGUGUCGGAAUCUGAAGUGGAUCGUGGACACCACCAUAGCAUACCCGCGGGGUGAGGCACCCAAUGGUCUGUACCUUAUUUUCUCCAGGGGAAAAUUCCCGCCAAUUCGCGUCCAUUAUCGAGUGUUCGAUAUAAAAAGCGUGCCUCGAGACGAAGAGGGUUUCAAAAACUGGAUGUACGACAGGUAUAUAGAAAAGGAGGCCAUGUUGGAACGUUUCUAUAAAACCGGUUCCCUUGUGGACAACCUUACUGAAUCUAUUGACGCAGAUGUGAAAGGAGCCUUUUUCUCUGUUUUAUUCUACUUUGUAAUGGCAGUGUGCUUUAGCGUAUUUUUAUAUUUUCCAGUUAUAUCGUUAGUGAAUUUCAAAUGGAUUUUAUUGAUUGUUUUAAUUUAUAUGAUUUAUUUUGCGUAUAGUUUUGUGAAAACCUUCUUCUGAUGAAUAAAUGCAGUUGAUAUCAUA